CCAAGUGCAAACAUUCCCUCACUCAAACCAAAAACUGCUCCAUUACCAUAUCAAGAUUUCUACAUAUAAAACCAAGAAACAAAGCAAACAAAUAUUUAACAUAUACCAAUGGCUUCUUGUCUCUUCUUUUUUGCUGUUUUAUGCCUACCAUUAAUUGUUAAAGCUCAAGAAAGAGCUCCACAUGGGCUUGCAUAUGAAAGUCCUGUAGCAUUGUCACCAGAUGCAUACUCAUUUUUCCACCCUGAAACUCAACAAAAGAAAAACAGUACUACUGAAAGUUUAUGUGAUAAUAAUACAUCAGAAUCAGGUUGUUCAGAAUUACCUACAGCAUCAAGUGUGCAGUCUAAUUUAGCACAUCAAAGUUUAUCACCACCCGAGGAUGGCGAAAGGCGAAUAGGAGCUGGUGGGAUUGUUGGAAUCCUUCUUGGCUUUGUGUUUGCUACUAUUGUUUUAGCAUUUGGGGUUUAUUAUGUUGUGAUUACACGAAAAAGCAACUCGAGCAAAGCUAAUCCUGUUCAGCUAAUUAAUGUCUGAUAUACUCAUCCAUCUCCUACUGUUGCAUCUCAUUUUACAUUUUUGGUUUUUGUUAUCUUUCCUAUUUAUAUGAUUUGGGAUGUGAGAUGUAACUAUUGCUGAAUGAGUAGUUAGUGAUAUAAUCGUACAAUUAUUUAGUGAUUAGGAAGCCCUUGUGUUAUAUUAUACCAUGUCUCGAUUUUUCAUAUAUGAAUGUAACUAAUGUAUCACAUUUAUGAA